AUGUCUCUCAAGAACGGUAAGCCCAUUCAUUCCCAGCCAAUAGCUCAAAAGACUAAUCUGUUGCGCGCGCGCGCUGCCACAGACGCUUUCCCUUCCUCCGAGGCCUUCGAGGCCAUCAACGCCGCUCUUAGCAGCGACGAAGCCGGCCGCAAGGACGCCAUCAAGAACGGCAAGGCUGUCUUUGCCUUCACCCUCAAGAACAAGGCGGGCGAGACGGCCAGCUGGCACAUUGACCUCAAGGACAAGGGCACCGUUGAGGCUGGCCUUCCCGAGAACGCCAACGUCACUCUGUCCCUCUCCGACGAGGAUUUCGGCAAGCUCGUUACCGGCAAGGCCAAUGCCCAGCGUCUCUUCAUGUCUGGCAAGCUAAAGGUCAAGGGCGACGUCAUGAAGGCCACCAAGAUGGAGCCCAUCCUGAAGAAGGCUCAGACCAAGGCCAAGUUGUAA